AUGCCGCAAGCAUGGAAUCAAGCACUGGUGCGCAUCGCUUCUGCCAAGGAUCCGAAUGCCUUGCCAACGGACGACCGCGUGCUCUUCUACGAUGACCGCACCAUCACCAUCUACGACAAGUUUGCCAAGGCGCAAUACCACUUUCUCGUGCUCCCACGCAUUCCCUUCAAGCUCGCAGACGGUCGCGAAAAGGGCAACCCUACUCAGGCGCCUCCCGCUCUCUCAGCCACGAAUGGCAAACUCACACUCGGAGCCACUUCGUCCAACGUCGUGCCUGCAUCUCACCUCCGGAACAUCUCGGCUCUCAUGACGAGUCCUUAUGUUACCGAGGUGCUGGCUGCUGUGCGCGAGGCGAGCGAUCGUGUCUUGGACCACAUCCGUGAUGACAUGCAGCGCAAUUACGGCGUCACCUGGUCCAUCGACCGCGCUUUCCACGCCGUGCCUAGCAUGGAGCAUCUGCAUCUGCACGUUGCGUCCAUGGACCUCGUCUCGGCCCGCCUCAAGCACAAGAAGCACUACCUCUCAUUUGUGCCCACCGUCGACUUUGCACAACGCCUCGACGAUGUGGACAAGAUGGUGACGGCAGGCAAACAGGCAUUGCCGAAAAGCGAAAGAGCGUACGAAAAUCUGCUCAAUGGGCCGCUCAUCAGCCAUCAUACGGGUCAAAGAUUCAAGUUCUUCCCCGAGCUCAAGGCGCAUCUGGAAUCGCACUGGCGCGAUACGGUGCUUGCGCAGGGUAGACCAGAGAGCCAUCCAACCAGCACCCGGUCCAAGAGGGCAGCAAGCAACGGCGCUGGAGAACAUGCCGCUCACCGUCGCAAGGUGGAGUGCCACCAGCUAGAAAGCACCGCUGGGCCCAACGCGGCCGAGUCGGACACCGAUGAAGAACCUGCGUUGCCGCUGAGGUGA